AUGAUUCGGUCAGUUCAAAACCGAUUAAAUAUUCAAUUUAAUUCGAAGUUUUUUCACUGGGUCAUAUUAUUUUUAUUUUAUAUUACAAUCAAUCAAAUCUCAUUAGUUAUUUCAAAUGGAUGCCUUCAACCUAAUGGAAUGUCUAUAUGUUGUGCCGGUCGAGAGAAGAAAUGUUUUGUUUACAAAUCAACUGGACAAUCUUCAAUAUCUAGAUAUUAUCCAUGGAAGAAAUAUCGUAGUGUAGCUGGUCAUUCAAGUCCACGUGAUCGUUGUUAUUGUGAUGAAAGUUGUGUCAUUACUGGAGAUUGUUGUCAUGAUUAUCAUUUCACAUGUCAAAAAACAAAAGUGGAUUGUACAGUCAGUGAAUGGGGACCUUGGACAAGUUGUGAAUAUACAUGUGGUCAAAGUGUUAGUACACGUUACAGACAAGUUCAAAUUAAACCAAGUAAUAAUGGUAAGCCAUGUCCAGAGUUGAACGAAACAAGACCAUGUAUUGGACAUAAUUGUGCAUCGAAAAGAUUUGGAAGAUCUGGAACGCUGAUGGUACCUUAUGUUUAUGAUAUAAAAGCUGAAGUGGCACAUUUACUACCCGUACGUGGAGAUGUAUUGGAUUUAACUAGACGUUAUGAUAUGCGUUUUGAUGUUCGACGUAAACUCUAUCUUGGUAGAUUAAUAAAAAUGAAUAAGACUGAACAGCCAGAACCUGAUCCGUACUGUGCAGUAUAUGAGAUUACGUAUUCAAAUCAGGCUUGCCAAUCACAAAAUUUGUUAUGGCAAUUUUCACAGUCACGCGAUCUGUAUCCUUCUUAUUAUUAUCCUAAUCGUUAUAAACGACACAAUGAUUAUAAUGGUCAAUCAAUCACUUUUAGCCGUAAAUCAUUUCUCCACAAAAGACAAUACAGUACAGUUGGAAAUACUGGUUUGAACAAAAAUUGGGAAGACAAUUAUUCGAAUUCUGAAUCAUGGAUUACUCAUUCAGCGUUACUUACACCAGGUCAACAAAUCUGUGUGACAUGUUAUCCAACAUAUAUGAGGGAAGAUUUAGGUUACAGAUGCACUGGAUCUGGAUUACCAAAUGUUGAGACUAGAUGGCGUGCACUACGUACUUCUGAUUGUCAAGGUAGAUUCCGUAUGGUUAGUAUACCGCAAAGAUCAUGUACAUGUGGUCGAGGUGUUGCAUCAUUUGUAUUUGUUUAA